AUGCGCGGCAGGGUGCGGGCGCUGCACAGGAAGCUGUCCCGGCAGUAUGAGGAGGACAGAAGGGAGGAAGCCUGCGCGGUGAAGGAGGCCAACCGCGCGGCCCUGGAUGCCGCUCUGCAGGGGCUGAGGGCGGUGCAAGCCGCCCGCAUGGAGGGCAAGCCCCCCAUGACCAUUCCCAUGCUCGGCUCUGGGGAGGACUGGCCUGCUGUCGGGACUACAGGGUACAGAAAGCUGAUCCCGGCUGGGAAGGAAAUGAUCCUGAACAGCAAGCCCCCUUUGGUGUCAGUCAGCUUCCAUCCCUGCUGGACAAUCCCCAGCAAGCCACCCCUGCCCCCUUACAAGGGCUGGUCCUUCAACAGGAACAACACACCCGCCACGGUGAUUGGGCGACGUCUCUUUUACACAGACAAGCUCGGGGAGACUGUGCCUGUGAGUGACAAUGAGGAGGAUCCCGACGUGCUGGCGGCGGUGAAGCUGGCGGGGCCGCAGCGUCCCAAGCACGACUACAUCCUGGCGCACAUCGCGGAGGAGCUGGGGGAGAGCCAGGACGUGGCCGCCGCGCUGUCUGGCAUCAUGCAGAUCCCCGUCCCCCUGCUGCAGCAGCGCAUAAAGGAGCUGGUGCGCCCGGCGCGGCGCGCGGGGGCCGGGGCGGCGGCUGCCCCCGGCCAGCCGCCGGCCCCCAACCGGCUCAGGCGCAGCCUGCAGGGCGCGUGGUGCCGCCAGUGCCGCACCUACGCCUGCCGCCUGCACGCCGCCGCGCCCCUGCCCGUUGCCGGCCCGAUGGCCCCCCGCUGGGCGGAUGGCGGGAACGGCGCGGCGCCGCCGGCGCCCUGCGGCCCGAGCUGCGUGCGGGCAAGCGACGACGGGCAGGGAGCGGGCCCGGCUCAGGCCGCGCCCGGGGCUGAAGGGACCCUGGGCGCGGCGGGGCCCGGGAUCCAAGGGGCCGGCACGCCGCCGGUGCCGACGCAGGGCGUGGCAGUGGGGCUGCCCGCCUGGAGCAAGUGGGAGGCGGGCCUGCUGGCGGAGGGCGUGAGGGUGUGGGGCUGCGGCAAUCCCUGCGCGCUGGCCUCCAUGAUCGGCACCCGCUCCUGCGCAGAGGUGGCGGCCGAGGUGGCGCGGCGCUUCCCCGGCGCGACGCACGGGUCGCCCACCAAGCCCCCGGCCUACCACCGCCGCAAGCCGGCCUGGGGCAAGCGCAUCCGACCCACGGUCACCCAGGACCGCCUCAGGCGGACAGACCCCCUCUGGGCGCCGUGGCGGCCAUGCAGCUGCGUGGGUCCCUGCGUACGCGGCACCUGCCCCUGCGUGGACUCCCAGAACUUCUGCGAGAAGUUCUGCGCCUGCGACUGCCGCGCCUGCGGCAACCGCUUCCCCGGCUGCAACGAGGGCGGCGACGGCGACUGCGCCAACUUCCGGCUGCGCCGCGGGACCAAGAAGCGGGUGCUCAUGGGGCUGAGCGACGUGCAGGGCUGGGGCGCCUUCCUGCAGGGCUCCGCGCGUGCGGGCGACUUCCUCGGCGAGUAUGUGGGGGAGCUGGUGGACACCGCGGAGGCGGACCGCCGCGGCAUCAGCUACGACCGCGACGACAACUCCUACCUGUUCAGCCUGAACAAGGCGUCGGUCGUGGAUGCAAAGACCAAGGGCACCAAACUGCGGUUCGCAAACCAUUCCUCCGACGCCAACUGCGAGGCCUCGAUUCUGAUGGUGGACGGCGACCAUCGGGUCGCCAUCCUGGCGCGCAAAAACAUCCGGGACGGCGACGAGCUCUUCUACAACUACCAUUACGAGAAGAGGGUGGGUGGUGCGGGAAGGCAAGGUCUCGGCGUGGGGAGGGGGGAGCUGUGCUCUCCAAUGCGUACGCUGCAUGUUCAAGUGGGACCCAACCCUGCAUGGGUCGCGCACAUGGCCCGCCACCUGACCUUGCAUCCAGCAUGGGGCCCCACCGCCGACCGCAUCUCACCCCCACAUUUGCAGGCAGCGCCUUCCUGGUGGAACCUGCCCUCAGCCCAGGGUUCCGGACUGGGCCAGAGGCGAUCCACACAGGGGCAGAACGUGCAAUGA